UAAUCAUGCAGUGCGUGGAGAAUUCAACCUCCAAUUGCUCCCCUCUUCAAACUUGGAACGCUGUCAGCAAUACAAAAGAGGGUCAAAAGACAAAUGAAGAAGGAGGACCGUUGAAAAUUCAACAUCAAACGAUCAUCGCCAUUGCCCUGUUCCUAGUCAAGUCUUCACUCUCUCUCUCUCUCUCUCCUUUUUCUCCCGGUCAAGGUGAAUCAUGGGGGCGAUCCAUUAUCCCCUCCCAGUCUUCCUUCUUAUAUAUAUACUCCCGCUGUCUUGCGGUUACUCCAAGAAUUCUAGUUUUGGUUUUCUUGAAUUUUCUAUCAAACUCCCAGACUGUGUUCUGGGUCUUUCUGAUCACCAUUCUUGUGAGUUUUUGCUAAUAAUUUGAAUUUCACAAUCUGGGUUUUGCUGGAAAUCCCUUUUCUUGGGGUUUAUUGUGGGAAAGUUUCAAACUUUGGGGAAUUUCAGCAAAUUUGAACUCUGGGAUUUGGAAAUUUCUUGAUUCUUUUCUGGGAUUUGGAUGAAAACAUAGGAGUUUUUGCUAAUAAUUUGAAUUUCACAAUCUGGGUUUUGCUGGAAAUCCCUUUUCUUGGGGUUUAUUGUGGGAAAGUUUCAAACUUUGGGAAAUUUCAGCAAAUUUGAGCUCUGGGAUUUGGAAAUUUCUUGAUGCUUUUCUGGGAUUUGGAUGAAAACAUAGGAGGGUUUUGAAUUUUUAUUGAGAGAUACAAAAACACACAAAUCAUUGAAAUCAAACACACACACACACAUAUUGAUGAUGGAUGGAACACAGAGUGGUUCUAAUGCACCUGCCCCAUUUCUGACCAAGACAUAUGAACUAGUGGAUGAUCCAUCCACAAACCAUAUUGUUUCUUGGCAUCAAAAUGGGCGCAGCUUUGUGGUGUGGAAUCCUCCUGAGUUUGCCUGUGAAUUGCUGCCCAAAUACUUCAAGCACAACAACUUUUCCAGCUUUAUCAGACAACUUAACACCUAUGGGUUCAGAAAGAUUGAUCCUGAACAAUGGGAGUUUGCAAACGAGGAAUUUAUAAGAGGACAGACACAUCUCUUGAAGAAUAUCCAUCGGCGUAGGCCAAUCCAUAGCCACUCUGGUCAAGGGAAUUCCGUGGCUCCCUUAAAUGAUUCGGAGAGACAGGGAUUCGAAGAGGAAAUCGAGAGGCUGAAACACGAGAAUAGUUUUCUUCAGUCAGAAGUAGAAAGGCGUGAGCAAGAGAAUCAAGAAUACAAACUUGAGUUUCAGUCGUUCGAGCAUCGGUUGCUGAAGGUUGAUCAAAGGCAGAGGCGACUCGUGGCUCUUUUGGGUCAAUUAUCGCAAAAGCCUACAUUUGCCUCUGCCCUAAUGCAACAAUUGGAUACUCAUAACAAGAAGAGAAGAUUAUCGAUUUCCAAUAGCUUGUAUGAUGAAGACAACAUCGGAGAUAACCAAUUCCUUAGUUUCCAAAAGGGUCCUGGCUCGGGCUCCACCACACAUCUUCCACAGUUAAGCUACGAGCUAGUUGCAAAGUUGGAUUCUUCCAUAAAUUUCUGCGAGAAUGUUCUAAAUGGGAUUUCCAAAACUCCAGGAGAAGAUGUUUACGAGUUUUCUGCCCUUCCUCGGCCUUCCCCAAUUAUUGAAACUGAGAUGCAGGCACGAUCUGGAGAUUCUGAAGUCAAUGUCCGGCCUUGCUCUCUCCAUUCUCAACCGUCAUCAACUUCAAGGGAUAUGUGCUCCUCUCCCGAGUUGGCCGGGUCUUCAAGUCACACUGGUACCCCCGAGAUAUUGUCCAUCUUUCCCAACUUAGAAUCCCGACAUAACCCUUCAGGAAUUGAUGUAAACACUAGUCCUGCUAGUACUCUCGAGCCUACUAUCUUGAAAGAUAAGGUGGAGGGUAGCUCGUCUACAUCUAUGCCUAAUGGAGGUAACGAUGUAUUCUGGCAGCAGUUCCUCACAGAGACUCCCACUCCCGGGUGCUCUGACCGCCAGGAGGUCGAGUCUGAAAGAAGGGAAACUGUUGGGAGAAAGUACGAUAGCCAAUUAGCCGAAAGCCAUAGACCUUGGUGGAACACAAUUAACAUAGAACACCUAACGGAAGGCAUGGGGCAUCUCAGUCCCAUGACCGGAAGCUAAUGCUGCUUCACCGUUUUCUUGUAGAUUUCUUGCCUGCUUGUUGUAUCAUAAAUUUAGAGAGAAUUCUCGAGCAUCGCACUAUGUAAGCUUCUUUUUUUGAGCAUGGCUCGCUCAGUUAGAGCGGGAUCCAUGCUUUCCUGGUUUUGAUUUUGCUUGUAGUCACUAGCUAGAUAUCUUUUUUUAUCAGAAUAGAAGUUUUCUGCAUUCUAGAGUUUAAACUUUAAUCCCUAUUCUCUAUCCCAAUUCUUAUUCACUGUUC